UUUAUGAAUGUAGUACUGAAUUGUUUGAACAAUUUAGUGAUUUGAGUUGGAACACUUUACAAUAACAAUUGAAUUUUCAUGAUAAAGAGAUUUUAGAUUAUUUACUAAGUGAAAAAUAAAAAGAUUCAAAUCGCAUGAUUUUAAGUAAGAGUUAAAAAAAAUUAUAACACAUCAUCUAAAAUUUAAUAAAACUUAAAUUGAUUUAAGGAGUUGGUGUCACGCCUGUUCUUAAACGAGUUGCGUCUAAUGCUGUGGAUCCACCAAAGGAGACGCUAUCACGCAUCAUUGAGCUUGUUUUAAGAAGCAAAGAGGAGAAAAGUCGACGUGAGAUGAAAUCUAUUGUCCUGAAGCUUCUUAGGGAACAGAAUGGAGCCAAUGUAGCUGAUAACUUCAAUGAUACAAUCUAUUCCUCUUGCCAAACCUGCUUGGAUUCGGUUCUGUCUCUGUUUAAACAAGCUUCUGAGGGAGAGAAACCUGAGACUGAUACCAAACAGAUUGCUGUAGAAGCAGAUAACCUCACGACUCACGUGGCUGCUUGAUGUGUUAGCAGAAAGACAAGCUGCAGAGGAAUUCUCAGUCACAUGGUUUGUUUUUGCAGGAAGAAGACAUAAUACAUUUUGUAUGGAUG